GUCCUCACACACACCAGGUCGAUCAACCCUCCGCUGUUGGACAUGAAAGUGCAGCAGGGCUGCAACUCAUCAGACAUGGGGAUCCCGGUGACGACCGAAGAGGAGCUGCGCAGAAACACCGUCAUAACGCCCGAGGACGUGCUCGGGCUGCAGAAGAUCACCAAGAAUUACCUCUGUUCACCAGAAGAAAACGUUCAUAUGAUCGACUUCACCAGGUUUAAAAUCCGUGACAUGGAAACAGGGACGGUCCUGUUUGAGAUCACUAAACCCCCCACACCAGCAGGAGGAAGGAAACAGUGUGACCCCAACGCCGGUCGUUUUGUCAGAUACCAGUUCACCCCGGCCUUCCUGCAGUUGCGGCAGGUUGGAGCCACAGUGGAGUUCACAGUGGGAGACACCCCCAUCAACAACUUCCGCAUGAUUGAGAGACACUACUUCCGCGAUCAGCUGCUAAAGAGCUUUGAUUUCGAGUUCGGCUUCUGCAUGCCCAGCAGCAAGAACACAUGCGAGCACAUCUACGAGUUCCCCGCAUUGUCUGAGGAAAUCAUGCGCGAGAUGAUCCUGCACCCGUACGAAACGCAGUCCGACAGCUUCUACUUUGUGGACAACAAGCUGGUGAUGCACAACAAGGCAGACUAUUCCUAUAGCGGGGGACCAUAGGAAGACGGGCACCCUCCAGGCUCCCCCCCUCCCCCCCCUCCCCCCCCCCGCCCCUACCACCCCUCCUCCCCGUUAGAGGCAUUUUCCAUAAUCUAGCUGCCACUUCAGGUCCAGAAAGAGACAAACUGAUGGACGAAUUACCGGCAUUAAAACCUCUGGUUUACUCACUCCUGUUAGCUCAACGCGUUUCCGCUCAGGUACUCAGCUGCCUGGCCCAUCAGAUCUCU